GAACGGAUCGAUCUAUUCAGAAGCGACACUUCGGAAUUUUGAGCGAGACACGGUGGAUAACUUUGUCGAAAAGGUCAUUAACGCUUUGGAAGACGAUGAACCCCUUCGACAUGAGUUUGGAAUCCAAGGCCGAGUCACCUUCUACGAUCGCGCAAACCCAUGGGAAACCUUGCUGGAGAACAGCCUGGAGCAAAUGAACCUUCAGGACGCGCGGACACCCCAACGACCGGCGAACACUAGGCAUGGAGGGUGCAGAGGAGGGGGAAGAGGCGGGGGAAGAGGCGGGGGAAGAGGAGCGGCGCAGAGACAGAAGAGGGAUGGCACUGCACGAAGACGCAAUCGGCGUGCGGACCAGUUCUGCGUGCACCUAGUGGCUGAUGAACAACAAAUACCAGUGUAUGCAGUGGAGUUCAAAGCGCCGCACAAGGUGACAAUCCCCGAAUUAGUGGCGGGUCUACACCAGAUGGAUCUGGCUCGCGAUGUCAUCGACCAAGAAGGUGACACAUUUGAAUUUUAUGCCACCCGUCUUGUCGCCGCCGUGGUCACUCAAAUAUUCUCAUACAUGAUCGAUAGUGGAGUUCGAUACGGCUACAUCUGCACAGGGGAGGCCUUUGUUUUCCUGCAUAUCCCGGAAGAUGACCCCACGAUUGUUCAAUAUUUCUUGUGUAUCCCGAAUAAAGACGUGCGGCCGGACGAUGAAUUGCGCCUCCACCGGACCGCCAUCGGCCAGGUGCUUGCGUUCACCCUUCAAGCGCUGGCCGCAGAAACUCCCCGUCAAGAGUGGUACGACAUGGCACACAACAAGCUAACGACCUGGGAGGUUGAAUACCUCGACGUGUUGAAGGAAAUUCCCGAAACUCUACGUAAAGACCCGAGGUCCUCUAAUUAUCGGCCCUCGCAUUGGAAACGAGAUCGGAAAGUACACAACACACGCUCUCGCGCCCGCUGUCAGCCAGAUUCAUCUACACCAAAGCACUCGUCGCCCGAAGGCAGUGACAGUGAUCAAGAAUCGCAAUCGCCAUCCGCCGCAGCAGCGUCGCGUAGCCGAUUAAGCCGCAGCCGAGGUAACAACCGUCAAUCAACGAAGGGAAGCGAAAGGGCACGAGCCGGCCGGGACAAAAAACAGACUUCUCAAAAAGACGGGCAUUCUACUCGACCAUACUGCACCAUUGCCUGCAUCCGUGGCAUGGUCAACCGUGAACCUCUGGAUAAAAAAUGCCCCAACUGGAAACUCCACGGUGGUCAGAGACAUUCUAUGGGACCGCAAGAGUUCACACGCCAGCUUCACUGUCAACUUGUCCGAAACCGAGACCUGGGCUUCGAGCAAUUGCACAUCUGUGGUCGGACAGGCUAUCUCAUGAAAGCUACCCUUCUAUCACACGGAUACACUGUGAUCAUUAAAGCUACCACAGUGGAGAAGGAGCAUCGCCUUCAAACGGAGGUGAACAAUUAUCGUUACCUCAGGAGCUUGCAAGGGCAUCAGAUUCCCGUCUAUCUUGGAGUCUUUCAGCCACGGGUCGCGUAUUGGUACCAUGGUGAAUUAAUGUCGCAGAUGAUGAUUCUGAGCUGGUCUGGAACGCGGCUUCAGCAUGUUAUCAACGAUGAGAAUUCUAGCUUCUUUUACCAAGAGCGCGACAAAGCUCUGGCCGUAUUCCGAUCGCACGGAGCUGUCCACAGCGACGGCGAGUGGCGCAAUAUGCUAUGGGAUGAUCUGGGUGGCCGUUUGAUUGUCAUUGACUUGGAGGACAUGAGAUGGUUGAAGCGUCCUCGAACUCUAGAACCAAUAUCUGGAAACACGUGGCGUGCUCAUCGCGUUGGGACGGAGGAAAAGCAAGCAAAGCCUCCUGUCCAACUCAACUGUCUGCUUAUGACGGUCCACGAAUCCAUAGGUCGACUGCGUUAGGUGACUCGGUUGGUAUCUGCC